AUGAAGAUUUCACUCUUGUUGGGUACAUUGUUGAUUUGUUUAUUGUUGAGUGUUGUUUUGGCUUCUUCUUCCGGAAGGAGAGUCAGAAUUUCUACCAAUGAUGAUGAUGAUUCUAUUCAACAAGUUUACUUAACCGAUGAUUUGUUUGCAUCAUCAACUUCAUCAAGAAAGAAACGUCAUUCUUCUGAGAGAAAGAUUGUCAUUAAAACUAUUGGAAACAAGAAGAAAUGUAAAAAAUCAAAAAGAAAAAACAACAAGAGAAAGGAUAAAAUCAUUGUCAAGAUUGUUGGAAAGAAGAAGGAAACAAGGAAAUCUAAAUGUUCUUCAUCAUGCUCAUCAAAAUGCACCUUUCCAGGUAGAGAAAUAGUUGUCAAUGUUCCACAACCUGUCAUUCAACAACCACAAACUAUUGUAGUUCAACAACCUGUUGCUGCUAGUGCUGCUGCUUCAAGUGCCGCUGCUGCUGCUAAUUCCAAACAACCACAAAAUGUGAACAUUAGUUUCGAAUUGGAAGUGCCAGAGGAAAGAAGAAGAGGAAGAAGAAGAGUUAUUGUCAAUAGACAACCACCAACUCCAAUUCGUCCACAACAACCAUCUCAACAACCAGAAACUCCAACCACUCCAACUCAACCUGAAACUCCAACUACACCACCAACUGUUCCAGAAACUCCAAAGCAACCAGAAACACCAACUGUUCCAGUAACUCCACCAACUACACCUGUUACUCCUGUUACACCAACUCAACCUGAAACACCAACUGUUCCUACUGUUCCAGUCACUCCAGAAACACCAAGUACACCUCCUGUUACACCAGUCACUCCUCAACCACCAGUUCAAGAAAAGAAGAAGAAAAAGAAGAAGAGUUUCUUCUCAAAGGUUAAGGAUACAUUCAAGAAGGUUAAGAAUACUGUCACUAAGGUCACUAACACUGUUAAUAAGGUCAAGAAUACUGUCAAGAAGGUUAAGAAUACUUACAAAAAAAUUAAGAACACUAUUGAAACUCCAAAAACUCCAACUACACCAGAAACACCAAAUACACCAACUCAACCUGAAACACCAACCACACCAACUGAGAAUCCACCAACUUCUCAAACCAGUACUUGUAAUCCAGGAUAUACACCAUCCCAGUUCCCAGUUUUUAAACAAUGUGAUUCUCAAUGGGGAAGUAUUUCUCUCGGAUCAUCAAGUAAGACAAUUUGUCAAGCAGGUUGUUUGCUUAAUGCCAUUGCUGCUGGUUUGAAUGGUAUUGGAAAGUCAAAUAUGAAUCCAAGAGAUUUAAAUCAAUGGUUGAAGGAUAAUAAGGGAUAUGCAAGUGGAAAUCUCUUUGUUUGGUCCUCAAUUGGUAAAUUUGGAGUGAGAUAUUCUGGAAGAACAACCGAUAUCAUUGGUAUUGCUGCCAAAAAUGUCUGUAGUGGAAGAUUGGUUAUUUUGAAAUUGAAAAAGCCACAAGGAAAGAAGACUGAACAUUACGUGUUGGCCACAGGUUACAAUCCAGAAACUAAAGAAUUCUCUGUUUCUGAUUCAGCCUUCAAUCGCCAAUCCUAUCUUGCUUCAGAAAUUUCUCAAUCUGAUUCCUAUACUUUUUAAAUAAAGUAUUGUUUGGAAUGG